ACAUAAAUGCUAGAAACAAGCUAGAAACGGUCACAACAGGCGUUAUGAAAGGAUUCUCUCCAUAGGUCCAGGUCUUUCGACCAAUCAAUAUGUUCCUGAGUAACGGAGACUUCCAAUCUUCGGUCACACAAUUUACAAACCCAGGCUCUGUUGUUCUGAUCUAGUCGCCCACGCCUUCAUAUAUACUGAUGCGUCUCGACGGGGAGCAACGCCUUCCUUUCGUCUUUCUCUCUCUCUGUGUGCUUGUCCCCAUGAAACUCCUGCCGCUCCUUACUUUCGCUGGGGGGCUCUCGAUAGCUCGAGCAGUAACUGUCUAUGGCGUUACUGGCGUUGUCCCGCAAACUGCUUUGAGUGGCCCGAACAGCACUCCUUCACCAGUCGUUGCUGUUUACGUUCCACCUGCGUUCAAUGAGACUACUCUAGAUGUCCCUGCAAUCCCUGAUCCUGCACCUCCUACUCAGUUUACACUACAGUUGCUUCAGAAUGCGCAAGAUGUUAAUGGACUUUCCAUUCCUCAAUCAGGGGCCUUCUAUGGUUUCUCCAUAGAAAUGUCCGUUGCUACUCAAGUUAUUGGAAUUAAUUCGUCGUUCUUGAAUCCCCCAUUCCUAAAUCUGAUGUCACUGAUCGUCGAGCGUGCCGGCCAUGUGAACAUUCGAGUUGGAGGUAACACCCAAGAAACUGCUGUCCUGGUGGACAGCCUUUCAAGUGGCAAGAUCAUGGAAAAGGACAAGGAAGCCUCGUCCAACCCAACAUUGACACCUACGCUCUACAUUACACCGGAGAUUUUGUACAUGCUCCGAAAUGUUUCUAGCUUGCUCAAUGCAAGAUGGUACCUGGGUAUUCCGAUGAACGAUACGAACAACCCUCGUCUUCAGAUUGGUGAAGCUGCAGAGGCUAUCCUCGGCGACUUCCUUCUUGGUUUCCAACUCGGAAAUGAACCGAAUCUAUAUGCAGCACAUGGACAUCGUCCUCAGGGAUGGGCGCAGUUCGACUACUUCGGCGAAUUUGGAGUGAUGAUCCAGGCCGUUGCAAACGACGAUAAGAUCCACAUUCGCAACAACAUCAUCGGGCCUAGUAUUUCGGAUACCUUCUGGACGACUGAAUCCGUAUGGGAUACCGGGUUCCUCCAAUCGUACGGUAAUUCCCUUAGUGCUAUUUCUGUUGAAAAAUACCCGAACCAGAAUUGUGCAGCUGCCUUCCCAAGUCCAGAGACUGCCGACCAGAUCAUCGACCCGCAGAGGGAGUUUCCUCAUUACCUCAACCACAAAGAGCGGAUUACAGAUACUCUCGCGCAAUAUCUCAACUCCAGUAAUAUUGCGCAGGCAAUGGGGAAGCCUUUCCUCAUGUUUGAGACGAACACAGCUUCUUGUGGAGGCUUCCUGGGCCUCAGUGAUUCGUAUGGCGCUGCAUUGUGGGCAAUCGACUUUGGAUUGCAAAUGGCGUAUAGUAACUUCUCUGGCUCGUUGCUGCAUGUCGGAGGUGUGAGCGAUGUAUAUAACCCUUUCAACCCCCCACAGACCAACGCGUCGGGUUUCAGCCAAUGGAGUGUCAACCCGAUAUUUUAUUCCGUCUUGGCUGUGGCGGAGACUCUUGGCAGGACUAACGCUUCGAAAGUGAUCGAUCUACAAGCAAACACUGGUGAUAUCCAUACGCCUGCAUAUGCCAUCUACGAGAAUGACAAGAUCGCUCGCCUUGCAUUGUUCAACUACGUGAGCGACUCGACCGGUGCUUCUGACUCCACCGUGGCGAUUGCCAUCGGUGGCGGUGAGACAGGCCAGCCGAAUGGUACCCCAGCAUCAGUGAAAGUCAAGUACGCCAAGUAGAUACCUCUUGGCUCCUUCCGUUUCGGACAAACAAAAUGUUACUUGGGCUGGCCAGACUCUUGGCAGAUGGCUUCAGUCCGACGGACGUUUCCAGGGCGAAGAACAAGUCCAGACGGUUGAUUGUGACCAGGGGUCAAAUACCUGCACCGUCAAAGUUCCUGCCCCCGGGUUCGCUCUUGUCUUCAUGAGCGAUGAUGCGUUCCAGCAGGCUGCCCCUCAGUCAACGGCGACAUUCGAAACCACCUCUGUGACGAGGACGAUCAAUACAGCGACUGUUGACCAAGCGGUGCUCGCGACAUCGAACGGUCAGAACGGAAAGGACCGCCAGAAGCAAGGUAGUACGAGUAAGGGAAGUACAGGAGCUGCACAGAUGGUAUCUGCACCACACCUGGCAGCCCUCUGCCUGUUCAUCCUAGCCGGUGUGUCCAGUGUAUGCCUUUCAUAGUCAUUCUGAAAGUCUUUGUAUCAGACGGACCCAUGCAGAAUAGUAUUCUUUACCUAAUGCGAUUCACAGCUCGGAUGAACCACAGUAGGUCAUGCUGAAGCUC